AUGAGCUAUAGCUCGUCCUUAAUCUUCGGCACGUCGAGUAACAUCCGAGUAGCACCCGGAUCACCUGGCAAGUCCUACUCGUGGAAGGAGAAGGGGUACACCAGUUGCAGUGCAUCUUGCCUUAGUGGAGUUCAGGAACUGAUAAUCCAAUGUGUUCGUGAUGAGGACGGCAAGAACGCAUCUCCGUAUAUGUGUGACCCACUCACCAAACCUGAGAACAGAGUCAGGACUUGCAAUGACCAUCCGUGCCCACCCAGGUGGAACUACACAGAGUUUUCACAAUGCACUAAGUCCUGUGGAAUUGGGAUACAGACAAGAGAAGUGACUUGCAUUCACGAGGUGACACGCGGUGGCACAAACACGGUGGUGGUCCCAAACAGUAUGUGUCCCCAGCCGCCGCCCCCGGAUAGGCAAUACUGCAACGUUUUGGACUGUCCCGUGAGAUGGCACAGUGGGGACUGGUCCAAAUGCUCCAAGACCUGUGGUGGAGGAGUCAAGCAACGAGAAGUGAUAUGUAAGCAAGUAAUGGCCCAAUCCCACGUCGUGGAGAGACCGCCCUCUCAAUGCAACUCACCCCGACCUGCCUCGACGAAGCCGUGCAACAGUCGACCGUGUUUAUUGGACACGUCAGCGCCAGAAAUAUCUUUGGCAAAUUCCUCUUAUAUCCAACACGACCCUAAGAAGAAAAAAGUCACGGUAAAAGUAGGUGGGUCAGCGACGAUAUUUUAUGGGACUCAAGUGAAAAUAAAAUGCCCCGUCAAAGGAUACAACAGAACAAAGAUACAAUGGGCGAAGGACAGUCAGAUUAUUUCCAAGUCGAAAAAGUAUAAGAUCUCUAAAAAGGGUGCUCUUCGCAUAACGUCGUUAUCUCUUCGGGAUCAUGGUGUGUAUACUUGCGUGGCGGGACGGUCGAGCGCGAAUCUAACUUUGCUUGUUAAACCGAGACCUGGGGAGUUUCCAUCCAGCGAAGAGAUAGAGAGACAUAAAGCGUUGGAUGAACCUUCGUCACCCUUAGCUGACAGAGCCGACGGUCGUUAUCGCGCUAUGGUGGGUGGAAGAUCCGAUGAUCAGUCUCACGAGCAGAGGCCAGGGGAACAAAAGAAAAAUUAUAAAAACAGGCAAAAAGGUAAAGUGGAUAAAGUGCGCGAUGCCCUCUACGGGAGUGUUACUUCAAGCACGAAAGCCUCGCCCAGUUACAACUCGCAGGCGAGGGAUAUCUAUGACGAAAACGAGAUGUUCUGGAACUUUCAGACAACUGGAAAUUCGAGAGGACAAAGAAUGGCUGAUCCGGUGAUAAUGUAUCAAAACUAUGGAGCUCCAACGAGAACUCAUGUCAUCAACCUGGAUAAUAAGCAGAUUGUGUUCCCCGAAGACGACGAUUCCGAUAUCAUUAUAGUGAAUGAAGAUUAUAAUAGAAAUACAAUUGAAGACGGUCGCGAAGGCAAUGAUGUUGGUGAUUUGGUAGAAUCUACAACUGUUACUGAGAUAAUAAUACCGAGUGACGCCAACGAGUACAGUUGGAUGACGACCGAGUGGUCUCCGUGUAAUGCCGCCUGUGGGACAACCGGGCAUGAGGUCAGGGGAGCUGUUUGUCAGCAUAAGCGAGGCAAUGAAACGACAACAGUGGAAACAAAAGAAUGCCUCACGAGGAUCCCAACACAGCCCAGGGUGGUCCGAGAAUGUGGCGGAGUGAAAUGUGGUACUUGGAACAUUUCUCCAUGGUCAGCUGUGCGAUGUUUGCCAAGUGGAGUCGCGAUAAUUCGUCGUCGCGUCGAAUGCGUCGCUGAAAACGGCACUGUUUUACCGAUCACGGCGUGUUCUUUCGUGGGUCGUCCUGAAAAGAUUAAGCGGGAGAGGCAACGAUGUCAACCGGUUUGGGUCGUCGGGCCUUGGAGUAAGUGUGUGGGGCAGUGCGGCCAGUCGGGCAGACAGCACCGCGUCCUCCGCUGCGUGUGGCGUUUCCCAGAUAACCGGAGACGUAUGAAGCGGGAGCGUCCGGCGGCCCUUUGUACUGGAAUCAGGCCUGACGUCGCUAGAGACUGUCACGUGUCUUGUGACAAAGAUGGCGUCUGCAAAGACACGUCGCGGUUCUGCGAAAACGUCCGCGCAAUGAACAUGUGCGCGGUGAGACGCUACAAGGAGCAUUGCUGCAAGACCUGCGACGACUGA